GGGACGGAGGGGAGGGGGGGGGGCAGGGAAAGUUGCUGGCUGCGCCAUGCAGUUCCCACUUGGCCCGGGAGUUUGCGCGGGACUGGCGGAGCCGGGAGCCCAGGCGCGAGAGACAGGGUGGCAGGACGUGAAAGAGAACUGGUCCAUUCCUAGGGCUGUUCCUCCCCUUCCAAGACCGCUGUGGAGUCCCAGCCUGGCUGGGAAUUGCACUUUCUCUCCAAGCUUCCUUUCUCUGCCUUUCUGCUUGACCCAAGAAGAAGCUUCCGGAGGGCUGGAGCCAAGGAUCCUUUAGAGACAAGAGACAGCCCAGGGAGCACCGCAGGAGAACAGUCCCUGAGAAGAGGUGGUGAUGCUGGGGUGCUCUCUUUGGCGCUGUGCAUCCCCUGCGCUAAGUGGGGAGAGGCAAGGAGCUGGGGGGCUGAAGCUGCUACUCCUGCUGAUCCUCUCAGGCUGGGUUUGGGCUCAGCAGCCACAACCACAGAUUCUCCCCUGCCCGGCGCUAUGUGAGUGCUCAGAGACAGCCCGAACAGUGAAGUGCGUCAACCACAACUUGACAGAGGUGCCGCCUGAGCUGCCACCUUUCGUGCAGGGCCUCUUCCUCACCCGUAACUGCAUCAGUAACCUCUCUUCUGCCUCCUUCCUCUCCGCCUCCUUCUCGGAGCUCACCAUCCUCGACCUGAGGGGCAACCAGCUGAGCUGGGUGGGCGCGGAAACUUUUGCUGGGCUGCCCCACCUAACGCAGUUGGACCUCAGCGAUAAUUCACUCACUUGGCUCAGCCCCAUGGCCCUGGGCAAUACCAGCAGCCCCCUGGAAGAACUGGACCUGAGGAGCUCCCUCUACAACAACAGCUUUGUGCCCCUGGUGGCAGAGCUGCUCCAGACGGGCGCGCUUCUCAACCUGAAGCGCUUGGACCUGUCGGAUAACAAUUUGAUUUAUCUGCCAGCCAUGAUGUUCUCUGCCCUGCCCAGCCUGGAGCACCUAGACAUUCACAACAACUCAGUGGUGAGCUUGCAUAAAGUGUUCUUGGGGAGCCUCCGACAGCUGCGCAGCUUCAAUCUCGGCAGCAACAUUUUCAAGACCCUGAGGAAUGACACUCUCCAGCAGCUGCAGGGCCUCCCUUUGCUGACCCUCAAUCUCAGCAGCAACCCCUGGGUCUGCGACUGCCACAUCGAGGACUUGGUGAGCUGGCUGAAGGAGAGCAAGCAGGUCGAGGCCAAAGCGUCCCUCGAGUGCUCCUAUCCCCAGGCGUUGCAAGAGCGCUCUUUGGUGAGCAUCAAUGUGUCGGAACUCAGCUGCCCCUUUCUGAUCGAUGACCAGACCCCACUGCAGACUUCUUACGUCUUCCUCGGGAUAGUCUUGGCCCUCAUUGGUGCCAUUUUCCUCCUGGUUUUAUAUUUGAACCGAAAGGGGAUCAAAAAGUGGAUGUAUAACAUCAGGGACGCCUGUAGAGACCACAUGGAGGGCUAUCACUACAGGUACGAGAUCAACACAGAUUCCAGGCUAACGACCCUGAACUCCAACUCAGAUGUCUGAAGAAGUACUACGGGGAAAUGGGCCUGCUGCAUAAUAGCCCUGCAUGAAAUGUAGACUUUAAAUCUUUCCCUUACUCUCACCUUCUUCCUCUUCCCGUUUCACCUAGACAUCAGAGACUUCACACGUGCGGAGAAUUAUGCCUCCCUGCCCAGCAUUCACAUAGUUGUUAUUAUGGAUGUGGUGCAUGGUAUUAGGCAGUCUGUACCAUUAUUACUUUCAUUAUUACUUUGCAACUCACUACCGGUUUGUGGUUCGAUAUUUCUUAGCAUCUAAACAGAUAAGGAAUGUUCCCUCUUUGUUUCCCCCGCCGAUAUUUUCAAAGAGUGAGCAUAUAUUAAAAAAUACCGUUCAACAAA